UUAAAGCGAGUGUAGAUUCGGACGUGUCACUUCUCUGCUUCCCAGUCCUGAGUAGAUUCAAUCAGUCGUUAGCCAGAGUGGGUGUCGUCGUCAUCGGUUAUCUUUGCUCUUGAAACCCUACAAAAACUUGACUUUGUACUGCCAAAUACCAUCGUUUGGCAUAGUGUCUGGUCUAAACAUUUCGCGGCUAUUGACAAACACGAGACGUGCUGAAAUUUAAGGCGGCAAAAUAUGUCAAGCUUAGGACGUUUACGUUUAAUCACCUUCGAUGUAACGAACACUUUGCUGCAAUUCCGUUCUUCUCCGGGCAAACAAUACGGUGAAAUUGGGGCUCUGUUUGGUGUCCGAUGUAACAAUAAUGAUUUGGUUACAAAUUUUCGUUCAAAUUGGCAGAAGAUGAACCGUUGGUAUCCCAACUUCGGAAGGAAUUCAGCUCUUAUGGAAUGGCAUCAAUGGUGGAGACAAUUAAUAUCAAAUACAUUUGCCGAAAGUGGAUCGCCAAUACCGGAGGAUAAAAUCGAUAGUUUUACCAAACAUCUACUGGAGCUUUACAAAACCUCAUCCUGCUGGCAGCAUUGCAAUGGUAGUGUUGAUCUCCUUAACUAUUUACGCAUGCAGCAGCAAUUAGGGGCCAGAGAAAAUGCAAGAGGUGAAUAUCCGUUCGUAAUGGGAGUCAUUUCUAAUUUUGAUCCUCGCCUGCCAAAGUUGUUGGUUAACUUGAAAAUUGAUCAUUUCCUUGAAUUCGCUCUCAACUCAUAUGACUGCAAAGUUGAAAAACCCAACAAAGAGAUAUUCGAUAUGGCCAUGAGAGCAUCAAAUCUAAACGAUCUCAAGCCUGAGCAAUGUCUGCAUGUGGGGGAUGGUCCCACAACUGACUAUAUUGCGGCAAAAUCCGCAGGCUGGAAUGCAGCAUUAGUUCAUGAGAAAAACGCUAAUUACUUAACUGCAAAAUACGGUGAAGACAAAAUUGAUGCAAGUUUUGUCUUUCCUAGUUUAUACGAUUUCCACAGGAAACUUGCCACAAAUAGUAUAACGUGGUAGUUUUGUACACAAAUCUUUUUCAUAUAUAUGUACAUAAUGUAUUUUAUUCUAAUUUUAUGUGAAAACCAAUUUCUUGCAAAUUAUAACAUACAACAUUCCACAAA